CCUUUGAAACUACUUCUAUUUCGGUCACUGAAUCUUUGCCUUGUACCAUCUUUGUGCACUCUAAGAGACCUUCUUCGUCGUCGCCAUUCCUUGAAGGACUAUCACUCUUCUCCGCCGGAAGGACACCGUCUGAGGUUCUAGUUCUUCUGGCGGCUCUAAAUCCGUUGGGAUCGGAGAUAACAGAUCGGAGGUUGGGUUGCCAUGAAAAGCCCACCGGGUGGAUCCAUGACGAGGCCGGAAGAUCCAGUCUGUAUGCUGUUUGACCAAUGCGUUGCAAAACCUUGAACGGUCUGAAAUACCGCUUUGCUAGUUUCUGUGAUGUCCAUCAGUUUUUUUGUUUUGUUUUAACGGUUUACAUCGAUUUUGACAGACCGGUUAUCUAGUUGGUUUCCGGUUCGACCGGCCGGUCCGGUUUUUAAUACAUAAUAAAACUACUCCAUUCAGUUUGGUUUUAAACCGGUUUAGAACAGGCACCAGUUUGAUAUCCAAACCAAUUUUUUUGGUUAUAACUCCUCGCCGUUCUGACUAUAUCACUCAUUUUCCUCAGCACCUCUUUGAAAAUUACUCAAAUUCACCACCGCCUCCUCCUCCCACCACCGUCUUCAAAACACAUCACCGUAACUGUCGCCGGAAAAUUCAGUUAAUUUCAUGAAACCCAAAAGCCACAUAUUCAACCACCCAACACUCCAAACACUACAACAAAAAUGCAACAACCUCAACAACCUUAAGCAAAUCCAUGCCCAAAUCAUAACAACUGGUCUUUCACUUCAAACAUAUUGCCUCAGUCACCUCAUCAACAUUUCCUCUAAAUUCAGUUUAUCCUAUGCUUUCACCAUCUUCAAUCACAUCCCAAACCCAUCAAUUUUCCUCUACAACACACUAAUUUCAUCAUUGAUUAAUCAAAAUAAAAAUAGUGAAAAUAAAAUUAAUCUAGCAUUUUCACUUUAUAGUAAAAUUCUCACUCACAAAAAUCUUCAACCUAAUAGUUUCACUUUUCCUUCACUUUUCAAGGCUUGUUGUUCUAACCCAUCAUGGUUUCAAUAUGGUUUAUUACUUCAUGCUCAUGUUUUGAAGUUUCUGAAACCACCUUUUGAUCUUUUUGUUCAAGGCUCUUUGCUCAAUUUCUAUGCUAAAUAUGGGAAAUUGUUUGUUUCUAGAUAUCUUUUUGAUCAAAUUGAUCAACCUGAUUUGGCUACUUGGAAUAUUAUUUUGAGUGCUUAUGCAAACAGUGUGAAUAGUUUUGAUGAUGCUGAAUUUUCCUUGGAAGCUUUGUGUUUGUUUUGUGAUAUGCAAGUGGCUAAUGUAAGAGCUAAUGAAGUUACAAUUGUUGCAUUGGUUAGUGCUUGUUCUAGUUUGGGUGCUGUUAGUCAAGGCUUUUGGAUUCAUUGUUUUGUGUUGAGGAAUAAGGUUAUGGUGAAUAGGUUUGUUGGAACUGCAUUGGUUGAUAUGUAUUCGAAAUGCGGGUGUUUGAAUCUUGCAUGUCAGGUGUUUGAUAGUAUGUUUGAUAGAGAUAAGGAUACGUUUUGUUAUAAUGCGAUGAUUGGGGGUUUUGCUAUUCAUGGUUAUGGGAAUCGAGCGGUUAAGCUUUAUAGAAAGAUGAAAUUAAAGGGUUUAGUUCCUGAUGAUGCGACGUUUGUGGUUACGAUGUUUGCUUGCUCUCAUGUUGGAUUAGUCGAAGAAGGGUUGGAGAUUUUUAAGUCCAUGAAGGAGGUUCAUGGGGUGGAACCGAAACUCGAGCAUUACGGAUGCUUGAUUGAUCUUUUGGGUCGAGCUGGGCGGUUAAAGGAAGCGGAGGGUUGGUUGCAAGAUAUGCCGAUGAAACCAAACGCUGUAAUUUGGAGGUCUUUACUUGGUGCAGCAAGACUUCAUGGAAAUUUAGAUAUGGGAGAACUUGCUCUCAGAAAGUUAAUAGAGUUGGAACCAGAAACUAGUGGAAACUAUGUUCUUUUGUCGAAUAUGUACGCUAGUGUCGCAAGGUGGAAUGAUGUGAAGAGGGUGAGGAUGGUGAUGAAAGAUCACGGUGUUAACAAGUUUCCGGGUUUUAGCCUGGUGGAGAUAAAUGGUGCGAUGCAUGAGUUUCUUACAGGUGACAAAACGCAUCCGUUUUCAAAAGAAAUAUAUUUGAAGAUCGCGGAGAUUAAUCGAAGACUACAAGAAUAUGGUCACAAUGCGAGAACAUCAGAGGUUUUGUUUGAUGUAGAAGAGGAAGAUAAGGAAGGUGUACUUUCUUAUCAUAGUGAAAGACUAGCCAUAGCAUUUGCUCUUAUAGCGUCUCCUUCGAGUUUAGCUAUAAGAAUUAUUAAGAACCUUCGAGUUUGUGGCGAUUGCCAUGAGUUUACGAAGCUUAUUUCGGAGGUGUAUGGAAGAGAUAUUAUAGUUCGAGAUCGAAAUCGGUUUCAUCAUUUUAAAGAUGGGAGUUGCUCUUGUCUGGAUUACUGGUGAUAACAAUUCCAAAUUCACCUCACAGCAAAAUUAGUUCCUGCAUGAAGAUAUAUAGUUUGCUACAUUCAUUUGAAAUUCAUUUUACUUAUAAGAUCAUUUAGUUGCAUGAGAAACUUACUGUAUGUAUAAUCAAUAUUCUACCUUGAAAUACAUCUCUAGUAUACUCCUUCAGUAGCACUUGAAAAAGUAACUCAUUACUAUAAAUGUUAAGAUAAACAUGUAAGCCUUUGAAAUAAUGUAAAAUGUUUAAUGUGAAUCUAUGCUAGAUUGUUGUUUACCCAUCAUAAUAGUUUAGAUAUGUUGAUAUAACCUUUUCUGCAUUUUAAUGUCUCUAGAACUCAUAUUUCAAGAAGCUGAACAGUACAUUAGCCUCUUUGGUCUUUUCAACAUCCUAAUCAGUUUCCUCUGAGUUAGAUCCACCUUCAGUUUCACCGCUUCAGUUCUGGUCAGUAUGAUAUGGUCCAGAAGACAAUCACAAACAUGGCACAUCAUCUAGUGUCAUCGACAUCUCCAAACCGAUAGAUGGAAACUUCUAGUCUCCUCGUGCCACCUCUAAAAAUAUACCAUCAACAAGCCCUGAUCAGUUUUGUUGUAGCUCGUGGUGGCACCAUCACCUGUAGAUAGCAUGGUUGACCAUAUUUCAUUGACAAUAUUUAUACAUAUUAUUUUGUCUUCUUUACUCAUAUUUUAGUGCUAGGUAAUUCCGACGUCGCCUA